GUAACGCCUGCUUGCCGAGAUGCACAAAUUAAGUUAUAUAUAUACACAUAUAUAACUUCAUUCCUUAAUCUCCAUUCACCGCAUUUUCUUCUUCCUUGUACCCACAAUCGUCGUCCACACACAGCGCUCAUCAAUGGAGGCCGUCAAGACGUACGUUGCGAAGAAGAUCGCCGACGUGCCGAUGCCGGAGGCGAGUGUAGAUGAUGUCGACUUCAAGAGCGUGAGCCGGGAGGGAGUCGAGUACUUGGCCAAGGUCUCUGUUUCCAAUCCAUACCCAACUCCUCUGCCCAUUUGUGAAAUAUCCUACUCGCUCAAGAGCGAUGGCAGGGAGAUAGCAACAGGGGUGAUACCAGACCCGGGGUCGUUGAAGGCGAAGGCAUCGACAAUGGUGGAAGUGCCAGUGAAGGUGGCUCACAGUAUAUUAUUGAGCUUGGGAAGGGACGUGGCCAAGGACUGGGACAUAGACUAUAAAUUGGAUUUGGUGUUCAUAAUUGAUCUCCCUGUCAUCGGCAACAUCAAGAUUCCUGUUUCGCAGCAGGGCGAGAUCAAGCUUCCUACCCUCUCUGAUUGGUUUGCCUAGCUCAAUUAUAUAUGACAUCUUUUUUAUUCUCAUUUCUCAAAACAAUUAUAACAUUCGCUUGUUCCAUCUAGUAUUUCUCUGCCAUUACCUUUGAUGUAAUGUCGUUUAAUGCUCGCAUUGUUCACGAGUACAUGCUGGAUUUCGUUUGUAUGUCGCGUUACAAAGUCUCAGGAGUCAAAGACUUACUAUA